UCGGCUGCUGGCUCGUCCCGGCCAUGAAGCCCCGGCAGGCGGAGGUGUCUAUCCCGCUGCAGCCCCCCGGGCAGGGGGCGACCCCCGCCGCCGGCCCCGACGGGCAGCCCCGGGACUACGUGGUCUGGUCCCUCGUCAACGUCCUGCUGGGCUACGGGCUCACUUACCUGGGCUGCCUCUGCUUUCCCGCGCUCGUUUUCUCCAUCAAGGCCCGUGACUGCAAAGUACUGGGGGACCUGGAGGGUGCCCGGCAGCAUGGCAACCGUGCCAAGGUGUUGAACAUCAUCUGCUCCCUCCUGCUGGUCCUCAGCGUGGUGGCCAUCAUUGUCAUCGUCAUCAUAGCGACCACCCGGUGAAUCAACUGACUGCCGCAUGGCCACGGACCUGCUUGCUGCCACCACGUGGAGUGCUUCUCCUCCCCUCCUCUUCCUUCCCCCAAAAUGUCCCCACUGGAGGAGCGUGGCGAAAGGGAGAGAAGCCCCGGCCCCUUGCUGCCCGCACCCCUGGGCAUCCCAGCACAGCCACCGUGAGGAAGGGGAGGGGUGGGCCGGGUUGGGACACAGGGGACAGCCCCCCUCUUUUCUCUACUUGUGCGCUUCAGCAAGGAGCUCUUGGGCUUCCUGGGAUCUGUGACACACAUGUACAUACUGUUGCCACAAAUAAAGC